CUAUUCUAUAUACCAAUCGCAAAUGUCGAAUGAUGAAACCUUGAAUUAGCCCAUCUUGACAGUCGACUUAUUGACAUCAGGAUCCCAAGGUGUAUCAGACAACUAUUAGAUGACUAACUAUACGUAAAAAUGUCCGAGGUCGUCAGAAGGUCUCCCGAAACCGCUCCGAUGGAAGGCAGCUAUGGAUUACUCCUCAUCGACGAAAUGAGAGUAAAAGAAGGGAAUAUUUCAAUAUGAAUUCCCAGAGAUAUGGAUUCCUAAAGACUGCCUCUGGGAUCAUAUCGCUACUUGAACACCGCUACCAGUUAUAGAGAUGGACAAACAAACCUCAAUCCUCAUACUAGGUGCCGGCACUUUCGGUCUGUCAACAGCUUAUCAUCUCGCCAAGGUCGGUUACACCAACAUAACUAUACUCGAGAAAUCUGCCACCUUCCCUCCAGAGCUCUCUGCCGGUAACGACCUGAAUAAAAUCUUACGCGCCGAGUAUGAAGACCCCUUCUACGCCGAGCUAGCCCUUGAGGCUAUGGCUGCCUGGAAAUCUCCCCUAUUCGCACCGUAUUAUCACGAGACAGGCUACCUGCUCUGCAACUCGGCUGCUGCCCCUGAGAAGUCCAAGAAGUCUCUCCAGAAGGCGCUUGACUCUAUCAGUCAGCAUCCAGCGUUUAAGAACAAAAUCACACCUGUCAUCUCGCGGGACGAUAUCCGCAAAGUUGCCCCUGCCUUCAGUGGCCCCAUGCAAUGGAAAGGCUACUUUAAUAGUUUCGCAGGAUAUGCCUCCGCAGCUGACUCCUUAACGGCUGUAUACUCGGCAUGUAUCGCACUGGGCGUGAAAAUCCACCUUAACUCGGCGGUCCAAGCCCUAACAUACUCAGGGGAUAUCUGCACAGGUGCGAUUACCGCCGGUGGCAAGCACCACAGCGCCUCCGUGACAAUCCUCGCACUCGGAGCAUCGCUUGGCUCGAUCCUGCCUCAGAUUAAGAGACAGGUGGUCGCCAAAGCUUCGCCUCUAGCCCAUAUACAGCUCACGCCCGAGGAAGCGGCGCGGCUGCGUGGCAUUCCCGUGACGUAUGCGCGAGACUUAGGAUUCUUCUUCGAGCCGGACCGCCGCACUAAUCUGCUGAAGAUCUGCCCUUCUAUGGCGGGGUAUACCAAUUACGAUACACCGUCCGGUCUGUCACUCCCGCCGGACGACAACGCGUUUAUACCCGCCGCCGACGAAGCCAUGAUAAGGCGGCUGCUGCGGGAGACAUUACCUGAGCUGGCGGACAGGCCGUUGAUCGGGAGACGGGUGUGUUGGUGUGCGGACACGGCGGAUAGCGAGUAUGUGAUCGACUUGGUGCCGGGGAAGAAGGGACUGGUCGUAGUUACAGGGGACUCGGCACAUGCGUUCAAGAUGCUGCCAAUUAUUGGGAAGUGGGUGAAGGACGUAGUGGAGAAAGGACGUCAAGAUAACGCGCGCUGGCGGUGGAAAGAGGGGAGCGAUGCCGCGGCGGCAGACAUUAGCUGGAGGGUUGGUCAGACUACGGAUUUUAAGGAGGUGAAGGAUAUGCGGAGAGAUCCGGAAAUGAUCAAGGUAAAGUUAUAGACUUAGAUUUAUCCUCAUAAAUUUUGUACGACUAAGAACCUUGAAGCCAGCUAAUUGUUGAAUUAUCGUUCUCUAUUUUAUCUUAGGAUAUUCAGGGGCUCCUUCGGCCUGCUUCUUAUAUACCUACCCAUAUACCUAUAUACCUAUGAUCAGUUUAUUAGGACUCAGGGCUAACCCAGCCCUACUCGAGUUACUCCACAAAGUGUGCUUGCUAGCUUUCUCUUUUUACUCCAUUUACUCCCACCUCCUAUCGGGAUCAUGGUCUCUUCUCAACCUAGUUCAGUAUACUGACGAAAAAUAUAUAAAAUUCGCUUACAAUGUUUUUAUGCUGUAC